UGGGCAGGAAAUGAGACAGAGCGGCUGCCUGUCAGACUGACACACUGACGGGGAUCACCGCCAACGGCAGCUCGCGGUCAUGGAGAGGCGAUGGACGAGGAUUUAGCUUUUCCAGUUGGUGCUGCUAUGAAGUCAAGGCUAGCCCUAGAGCAGCAAAAGUGUGAGGAUUCAAGCCCAUCUGCACCAUGUGGACUUUGGCCAGUGGACCUCAAACUAACUCACUUGGAUUGCAACCGUGAAGCAACCCUGAUACACUUCCAGGGACAGUACCCCACUAUAUGUGACCUAGACUAUAACAUCUUGCAGGGAGUAAUACAAAACACACCAAAAACAAAAGCUGUGCCAGAUGUAGGUGACUUUUGCCUCGUCGAAGAUUUGACUUCAGCCCGCUGGUACAGAGGAAGAGUUCAGAACAGAGGAGAGAACUUGUUCGACGUGUUCCUCAUAGAUUAUGGAAAUGUGCUGAGUGUCGACAUAACCCACUUGUCUUCCUGUUCAAGUGAUCUCUUCAUUCUUCCUCCUAAGAUAGUAUGUGGCUUUCUUGCAAAUGUGCUGCCACUUGGGGACUGUUGGGAUUCUGUUUUGGAGAAGUAUUUGUCCAGCCUCAUUGGUAAAAAUGUCACAGGAUACAUCCAAGCCAUCCUUCCCCACAAGGUCCUUAUACUGGAGGCCCCUGACAUCAACAACAACCUUGUUAAACUGGGUUUUGGGAGGCACGUGGAUACACACACUUUUCUCCUCUUGGUUCAGAUGCUUACAGAGGUGCCACUUAAACAAACUCUAGAACCUGUUCCUGACCUACUGAUUGAAAAGCCAAGGGGGCAAGAGUUUUUCUUCAAACCAUGUAGUGUGCAGCCAUUUGAAGAUAUCAUGUCAUUCUGUGGGCCUAGAUUGAUUGCUGGGACACAUGCUGAAGUGAAAGUAACUACUGCAGUCAACCCUGGGCUGUUCUUCUGUCAGAUGGCAGGUAUGGAAACGGCUCUUCAGGCAAUGUCAGAGAAGUUAGCCAGAGCUUGUGAGUCCAGAACUGAAGAUCCUUGUCAGAAGCCUCCGGACAACCUUGGCCAACUCUGCUCAGUCAAAGGCAAAGAUGAGAAAUGGUACAGAGGCUUUGUGCAGUUUCUUCCAGUGAACUCUCAAGUCAGAGUGCUGUUUGUUGAUUAUGGUUUCUGUGAAUCUGUCAAAGUUGAGAAUAUCCAACGGCUGCCACCUGAUUUCCAUUCACCAGCCAUUAUGGCUUUCCCAUGCUCACUCUCCUCUUUGACUGAUCAAGAUAAGGCAGUGAAAACUCAGCAGUUGGCUUUCCUCAAGAGCGGCUUGCUUGGACGAGUGUUAGAAGUGGAGAUCAGCAGUUAUGAUGAACAGCAGAAUCUAUACUCUAUCACAGUACUUUCUGUAAAAGAUGGUCAUAAAAAGGAUAUUGGCCUAAAACCAAUCCAAGAGCUUCCCAAGAUAAAGAUCGAGAUGGCACUCAAAACUGGGCAAAUGGCACCUCAGAAUAGCUGUUAUGAAACACUCUUGGCUCAAGCCUUUGCUAAAACCGUUCAAGCAGAGAAGGUGCAUAUGGACUCGCCAGUUGUGGGCUAUGUGGAGUACAUCCUGAAUCCUUCCCACUUUUGGAUCAGAACACAAAAACGCAGUCAUAACUUUGAAGAAAUGAUGGAAAAAAUAGCUGUUCACUUCAGUCAAGUAAAACUGGAUGAAGAAGUACUGACAGAUCCUGAGCUUGGCACACUUUGCUGUGCAAUGUAUGAGAAAGACAUGCAUUUCUACAGAGCUGUAGUGAUUGACAUUCUUGAGCAUGGGGCUGAAGUGCUUUUUAUUGAUUUUGGAAACAUUGAGAAAGUGCCACACAUGUUAAUCAAAAAGAUACCAGAGAAGUUUGCCAGCGAACCAGCAUUUGCCACCUGUUGUACUCUCUGUAAUGUUAUCCCUACAAAUGGUGUUUGGACCACCACCAACACUGACUUUUUCAGGCAAGCAGUGUCAGACAGAGCUCUACUGGUCCAUGUUGCCCACUUGAGAAAAGACAGAUUUGUUGUUGAUCUCCAACAGAUGGGAAAUGACAAUCACAGCAUCACUGAGCUUCUGGUCUCUUCAAAUCAUGGUGAAUAUUGCAACAUCAUUCCCACAGAGCCUAUGAUGCAAAAUAAAAAAAAUAUGAACAAAAGAAGAGACAGACACCGGCCACAAUGUAGUGUGACAGUACACAGUACACUGAGUGGAAGUAAAGUGCAAGGGGAGGACUGGGAGGCCACACAAGUAACAACUGAAACCUUACAGGAAAAGGACGUGGAAAAAAUUGAAAUCGGAAAGGCCCAAGUUCCUGUUGGAUUCAGAACUAUUAGUUUGAAACCAGGUUGUGAGUUCGGUAUCCGUUGCUCUCACAUCAGCUCUCCAUCAGAUUUCUGGUGCCAGAUUCUAAAUAAGGUUCCUGCUUUGGAAGAACUGAUGGGUAGGAUUCAGCAGUAUUACACAAUGCACACAGUUCCCAUUCAGCAAGGUGUUUCAUAUUGUGUUGCCAGGUCACCUGUGGAUGGAAGAUGGUACAGGGCAUGCAUCAAAGGAAGACAGAAUGGUCAUGUUGAAGUGAUUUUGGUUGACUAUGGCAUGACUCUCCAAAUCAAGGAGCACAAUCUUCAGACAAUACUAGCAGAACAUCUUGAACCUGAAGGACAAGCUUUCAGAUGCAGUCUUACCAACAUGAUUGAACCCACUGACCCAAAGAGCUACGGGAAUUGGAAUACCAAUGUGUGUAACUCAUUUAGCGAUUUUGUGCAAAACAGCUCUGUCAGUCUACAGUGCAGUGUUGUUUCUCAAGUAAAUGUAGAAAACAAAGGGCUAUACAAUGUUGUGGACCUCUAUGAUGCUGAAACUCAGCAGAGCAUCACAAAUAUGCUUGUGGAAAAGGGCCUUGCAAGAGAAGUUAAAAUUUCAACACAGCUACUUUCAACUGUAUGUCCUGAUUCUUUCAUCUACUCCUCAUUUAACCUUAGUGCUGGAAAAGAGGAACAAGUGUACAUCAGUCAUGUGAGCAGUCCAGGGGAGGUCUACUGUCAGCUGGAAAGAAACACUGACACCAUUGAAGACCUUCAAAAGAAAGUCUCUGUGGAAAGUGAAAAAAUAAUGAUGACACAAGAUGACACAAGAGCUGUCGUUGGGAAGUUGUGUCUGGCAAAAUACUUUGAUGGCAAAUGGUAUAGGGGAUUGGCAUGUCCUGUUCCUUCACCUCAGCAUCUCAGUGUGUUCUUUGUGGACUAUGGAAAUGCCAGCAUCUUUGAAAAAAACAAUGUCAUUUUUAUUCCCAGGGAUUCCAUUGACUUGCUGUGUACACCUAUGCAGGCUGUGAGAUGCAGCCUUGCUGGAGUCCUGAAGGAAGAUGUCUAUGCAGAGGUCAAUGAAUGGCUUGAUGAAGCCAUCCUCAAUAAGCAAGUGAGAGCCCUUGUAGUAGGAAAGAAUGAAGAUGGUUCAUUUGUCAUAGAAUUGUUUGAUGGAGAUGUCCCCAUAAACGAGAAAGUGAAGGAACUCAUUGUCAGUCUAACGCCCAAACCAAAGAUUGUUAUGAGUGUUCACACAGAAAACACAAAGAAAAAACAGAAAACUUACAUGUACACAAAAAACAUGAAGUCUCCAGUCAAGUGCUUCAACAGUCAUGCUAAAAGGUCAUCUUCACUGUACCCCAAAUCUAGUAAGCUUAAAUCCUCUCCUGUUUUGACAACAUGCCGCAAAAGUAACAAGACUGCAAAGAGCUGUGCUCCAGUGGAAACUGAGAAAACUAGAAAGGGAAAACAACAAAUGGAGCAUCAUGAUGCCAGCACUAUAUCAGAACCAUCACCGCAGACACACAGACGUCCCUGUUUACCUGACAAGAAAGUGACUGCAGGGUUCAGGGCAAAAUGUUAUGUCUCCUACAUUGAUUCAGUCAACAGCUUUUUCGUUCAAAUGAAAGAGGAUGAACCAGCUAUUUUGAAAAUGGAGGAAGACAUCACCUCAGGUCUUUGCAGAGGUUCCUUGAUGAAGGCUAACCCAGAGAGUCUUAGAGUCAGUGACCUUGUUUUGGCUGAAUAUCAACAGGAUGGUGCUCUUUAUCGCUCUGUUGUGAAGGGCUAUGAAGGGAAUGAUUGUUUCAAAGUUGAGUUUGUGGACUAUGGAAACUCGGCAGUUGUGGGGAAAGAAAAUAUUUACCUAAUGACAAAGGAAUGUCUCUCUCAGCCAAGAUUCAGCAUACCUUGCUCACUCGACACUGAAACUGAUGCUUUUUUCACUGACUCUGUGAUGGAAAAGCCUCUUGUGGUUGACUUUAUCAGGCAAUUUGGCUCACAGUGGAAAGUCAAGAUUGAAAUCCCUCAUGAGAAAACAUCUUCUCCAGUGACACCUGAAGCAACUUUUGAAAGUAGCAAUGUAACUGAAAAGGAAGGGGAGGCCUGUGCUUUGUCCAUGAGCUCAUCUGAAACAAAAAAGACGUUUGCAUCCUGUGAGGAACGCUGCUUUACCGUAAAAGAGGGACAUAAUAGGGCAAGAACUGACUAUGAAAGUGUCAUGCUCACUGUGAAAAGUGAAAAAGUCAUGCAGAAAUCACCAUCUACCACACUGUCAGCCAAACGUCAGUUAACAACGUGCAAACGUUACCGUUGUCGAAAACCCUCCAGUAACACCAAAGACUCUCUCAAAGUCCCUGGAAAGACCUCAAAAUCCUCUCUUGAAAUGAAGAGAGAUCACAGGGCUAAAGUUAAACCUCCAAUUGUUCAAGCCAGAGAUAUUGAGAACACAACACUUCUAUCUGUCCUGCAAAAUGGUGAUUUUUAUGUGAGACUUCAUAAAACCACAGACCUACAGACUAAACUGGAAAGUCUGAUAGCUGACAACAUACACCAGUGUGAGGUGGUAAGUGAGGAGGAUGUCAAAGAAGGGCUGAGGUGUUUAGUGAAACUACGCAGGGACAGUCAGUGGCACAGAGCAGUUGUUCACAGUGUGGACCAAGGCAAAUGUCAGGUCUUUCUUGGGGAUGAUGGAAUUACAGAAGACAUUUCUACUGGGUCUCUCAGAAGGCUGUGUAAUGACAUUGGCAAAAUCCCCAACCUUGCAGUACUCUGCAGGCUGAACAACCUUGGCUUUGCUUUGGGGGAAGGUGCUCAGAAAUUUGGGCUGGAAGGACUCAGACCAAUGAUAGGCAAGGAUGUAAAAGUGGUAUUUGUGUCCUACUACAAAGCUGAUAACAUUUGGAGGGUUGAAAUAGUCAUGAAUGGACUGUUCCUGAUUCACAACAGAAUGACAAACUUACAGAACCAUGCUGAAGAGAUGGCCUCAUUACCCUCGAAAAGACUCACAGCUGGGAGAGAAACUACUUCAGAUGCAAGCUCUACACAUCAGCUGUUCUUUGCUCCUGUUCAUAUGGACAAGGCAUACUUUGGCUUUGCUGCUUCAGUGACCACUCCCUUUGAGUUUUUCGUUGUUUUGGAAGACUUGCUUCUCAUCAUGAACACUGUGUCCAUGAUGUUGGAUGACAUCUCCGGUGACAUGGCUCCUCCUCUGGAUGCCCACCUCAUCCCUGGCUCCUGCUGCCUGUUGAAAUCAGACACAAAGAAGAAGUGGUGCAGGGGCGAAGUCACACAAGCCGACAAAAUGGUGGUCGUAAACCUGGUGGAUUAUGGCCAUUGUGUGGAAAUGCCAUACGAAGACUGCUUUGAGCUGAAAACACUUCCAGAGGAGCUAAGGAGACUCCCGAAGGUGACCUACCCAUGCAGCCUGAGGGGAGUGAAGCCGAUUCCAGGGGAGGGGCAGUGGACAGAUGAAGCAGUGGUUUUCUUCCAGGAGUGUUUGUACCAGAAGAACCUGCAGAUAUACUUCAGGGAGUUCGUUUCAGAUACACACUGGGAGGUAGACAUCCUGGCAGAUGGUGUCCAUGUUGCCAAGGAGCUGGUGGAUGCUGGACAUGCUAGCUAUGUAGACAUCAUGCUAGGACUGAGGUUCUUGGAACAAAGCCCAUGUGAAGUCUUGGAUCAGUCGCCCCCAAGUCAGCAAGAUGAUGUCCAGAAAGAGGUUGAUGAAGAGUGGUGGGAAGGCAGACCUUUUUACUGAGGACACAGACAGCACACACAAACAAGAUGCAAGAGGGUUUUCAGACGUGAAGCUACAGUUCUUUUUUUUCUUUUUUCAUCUGACAGGUUUAUGCAUGUGAAGCAACUGUACAUUUUCUGCUUUAUUUUUUUCUCUUGUUAACAUAAGUUUUCAGGCUACAGUUACUGAAGUGUUAAUGAAAAGGAAAACUAAGUUGAGAUAGAUGUUUGAGUUCUAAUUUAUUAGUACAGAUUUAUUAUUGUAACACAUUGGGCCACAGUAUAUUGCAGUUGGAUGUUCUGUUUAGUUCAUUAAGUUGAAUAAAAUUUGAGUUGAAUGCA